AGUAUACCACAAAUGAUGAAGCGCUGCAAGAAAUGAUGUACGAAAUGAAGGCAUUACCUUCUAAUCAAGAGCAAGAGCAUCAGUAUCAAGUACCACCUACACACAGCAAGAAAUACAUUGAAGACAAAUGGCCACUCCGUAUAGUGAUAUGUUUAUUAGCCAUUAUAUUGGUAUUGCUUAUCACUUUAGUGGGCAUGUGUGGCUUUUUAAUAUCACAAUCAUCUGCUGAAUGCAGUGCCACUCCUACUGGUGCUACGAAUGCUGGUCUGACUGCUACUAACAAUCCAAUGUGCCAGUUGUUUAAUGAAUCUAUUACUCACUUUGCGCAAGAAAUUCAUAAAAGAAUUGGUAAUAUUGAUGUUACUAACAGUACCAAGGUUCUUAUGCAAAAAAGCAUUGAGCAAUUGGCCCUUCUAGAUGAACUCCUUGAGGCUGCUAUCCUCACAAAUGAUGUUACUAACAGCACCAAGGCUGAGCAAUUGGCCUUGCUAGAUGAACUUCUUAAGGUUGCUGUUCUCACAAAUGAAGUUACAAACAGUACAAAGGUUUUUGUGCAGGAAAGCAUUGAGCAAUUGGCUUUCCUAGUUGGUAUAACGGAAGAAAUCAACACAAAAGUCAACAGUACAGAUGAACUUCUUGAGGCUGCUGUUCUUACAUACAAUGUUACUAACAGCACCAAGGCUCUUGUGCAGGGAAGUAUUGAGCAACUGGCCCUUCUGGUUGGUAUAGCUCAUGAAAUCAACACAAAAGUCAACAGUACAGAUGAGCUUCUUGAGGCUGCUGUUCUUGCAAACAAUGUUACUAACAGCACCAAGGCUCUUGUGCAGGGAAGUAUUGAGCAAUUGGCCCUUCUGGUUGGUAUAGCUCAUGAAAUCAACACCAAAGUCAACAGUACAGACGAACUCCUUGAGGCUGCUGUUCUUACAAACAAUGUUACUAACAGCACCAAGGCUCUUGUGCAAGGAAGUAUUGAGCAAUUGGCCCUUCUGGUUAGUAUAGCUCAUGAAAUCAACACAAAAGUCAACA